AUGAGUAAAGACGAAGAAACCAUUUCUUACUGUAACCCCGCAUUGGGUCCAUUACCAACUACCGCCCCAAAAGUUUCUGAUAACAUCACAGACCUUUUCUCCUUCAAAGGUAAAGUGGUUUCAGUUACAGGUUCCUCUGGUGGAAUUGGUUGGGCUGUUGCUGAAGGCUUCGCCCAAGCAGGUGCUGAUGUAGCCAUUUGGUACCACUCACACAACGCUGAUGACAAGGCCAAAUAUCUUUCAGAAAAAUACGGAGUCAAGUCGAUUGCGUAUGGCUGCAACAUUGGUAUUGCUGAAGAGGUACAAAAGACAGUUGCACAAAUUGAAUCGGAUUUUGGUAAAAUCGAUGUAUUUGUCGCCAAUGCUGGUAUCGCGUGGACUGAGGGACCAGAAAUUGAUGUUGCAGAUUUGAGCAAAUGGACCAAGAUCAUUGACACUGAUUUGAACAGCGUUUUCUAUUGCGCUCAUGCUAUUGGUCCAAUUUUCAGAAAACAAGGUAAAGGCUCAUUGGUUUUGACUGGGUCAAUGUCAGCAACAAUUGUCAACGUUCCGCAAUUGCAAGCCGCUUAUAACGUGGCUAAAGCUGGAGUCAAGCACUUGGCCAAGUCCUUGGCUGUUGAAUGGGCCCCAUUUGCCAGAGUUAACAGUGUUUCUCCAGGUUACAUCUCCACCCAUUUGACAACUUUUGCUAAUCCUGAUUUGCAAAAAAAAUGGGUCCAAUUGACACCUUUGGGUAGAGAAGGUCACCCAAAGGAAUUAGUUGGUGCUUACUUGUACUUGGCCUCCGAUGCCGCUACUUAUACAACCGGUUGUGAUUUGGCCGUUGAUGGAGGUUACACUGUGCCAUAG